UCUAGCACACGACUCGAAUCAAGUAAUAUCACGAAGGUGGAUCUUUCACUACCGUUGCUAGAUUUCCAUACAGAAAGAACGACAUUACUUGUUUUACAUUAGCUUAGGGAAUUCUAGCUUCCUAAGGGCUGGACCGAGAAGAUUAGGGAAUUGAGUGGGACAAGACGGCCGGGUGAUGGCGGCAGCUGCCGAGGGCAGUGUAGACUCAAAAGCGGAGCUGACCACUCUCCUAGAGCAAUGGGAACGAGAACAACAAGGCAGCACCCAGGAUCUGGUCAACAUUCUGACCAAGAUCUCAGAACUUGUGGAGAGAGAGACAGAGGAGUACCACAAGGCUGAUCCUGACCCUUUUGAUGAUCGGCAUCCAGGACGGGCAGACCCAGAGUGCAUGCUUGGACAUCUGUUGAAGAUUCUCUUUAAGAAUGAUGACUUCAUGAACGCGCUGGUGAACUCGUACGUGAUGAGCAGCAGGGAGGGGUCUCUCAACACCGCUGCCUGUCGACUGCUGCUGAACAUCAUGCCUGGGCUGGAGACGGCUGUCGUCUUUCAGGAGAAGGAGGGGAUAGUGGAGCGUUUAUUUAAAUGGGCCCAGGAAGCAGAGCAGCCAUUGAGAAUCUAUGCUACGGGGCUGUUGGCAGGAGCCAUGGAGAACCAGGACAUUGCUGCCAACUACCGCGAGGAGAACUCUGUGUUGGUACCACUGAUGUUGCAGCGACUGCGUGAGCUGCAGGAGAAAGAGGUGGAGAGCAGGAAGGACCUCCGACGGCCUAGUCCCCGCAAGAGUUUGGAGCCCCUGCUCUUGCCCGUGGACGAGGAGGCAGUGGACGGGGACUUUAGCCCCAGCGACACACACGCCGCGUCUCAGGAGGCUGAACAAAACAGCUCUACUCACCAGCUGGGUGGAGAGCUCCCCCUGCAGGCCAAGGGCGUGAGUCACGGCGGCAGCCGCGCUAACUGUGUCAUAAAGGGCCUGAUGAAGCCGGCGUCCACGUCUCAGUCGCAGCCCCCAGGAUCCAACGAGCCGGACGGCCCGGGGGAGGGAACGAGGGACUGGAGAAAGAGAUCGGAGCGAGAGAACGGGAGCAAAGCCAAGCAAAAGUUGAAUUUCUCUCUCUCUGAGCCCGAGAGAAGCUUCAGCGAACUGUCCAACAGCAGCUGGUCCGAGAUGAGCCCCUGGGUGAUCGGAAACAACUAUCACCUUUACCCUUUGACCCCAGGCAUUGAGCAGCGUCUGAUCCUGCAGUAUCUGACCCCGCUGGGCGAGUAUCAGGAGUUAUUGGCAGUGUUCAUGCAGCUGGGAGCCAGAGAACUGCUCAUGUAUUACAUGGACCUGAAGCAGACCAAUGAUGUCCAGCUCACCUUCGAAGCCCUGAAGUACCUUGCCUCUCUCCUGCUGCAUAAGAAGUUUGCUGCCGAGUUUGUGGCUCACGGUGGUGUACAGAAGCUUCUGGAAAUCCCUCGUCCCUCCAUGGCUGCCACUGGAGUCUCUCUCUGUCUGUACUACCUCGCAUACAACCAGGAUGCCAUGGAGAGAGUGUGUAUGCUGCCAAACUCUCUGCUGGCAGAGGUGGUGAACUACACACUCUGGCUGUUGGAGUGUUCUCACGCGUCUGGCUGCUGCCACGCCACCAUGUUCUUCUCCAUCUGCUUCUCCUUUAGAGCUGUGCUGGAGCUCUUCGACAAGCAGGACGGACUCAGACGCCUCGUCAACCUGAUUAGCACACUGGAGAUCCUGAAUCCAGAGGACCAGGGGGCUUUGCUGAGUGAUGAUGAGAUCUUCUCCAGUCGGCAGACGGCCAAACACACCUGUAUGGCUCUGCGCAGGUAUUUUGAAGCUCAUCUGGCGAUAAAGGUGGAGCAGGUGAAGCAGUCUCUGCAGCGCACAGAGGGCGGAGCUCCAAUACACCCACAGCCUCACUACAAGGCAUGUACGUACACACACGAACAGGUGGUUGAGAUGAUGGAGUUCCUGAUCGAGUACGGACCAGUACGUCUGUACUGGGAACCAGCUGAAGUGUUCCACAAACUCUCCUGCGUUCAGCUCCUGCUCCAGCUCAUCUCAAUCGCAUGUGACUGGAGAACCUACUACGGCAGGAGUGACACAGUGCGCUAUGCUCUGGACAUCCUGGGUAUUCUGACUGUCAUCCCCAAAACUCAGCUCCUAUUGGCUGAUUCUGUGGCUGUGCUGGAUGAGGGCGGGUCUACUAUUUCCACAGUUGGCAUGAGUAUCGUGCUGGUGGUGGCAGAAGGGGAGGUCUUUGUCAACGACGCAGAGAUCCAGAAAUCCGCCCUGCAGGUCAUCAUUAACUGCGUGUGCGCGCCGGACAAACGCGUCUCCAGCAUCGGCAAAUUCAUCUCAGGAACGCCCCGCAGACGCCUGCCGCAGACUCACAAAGCCAGCGAGAGCGUCCUGGCCAAGAUGUGGAACGUGGUUCAGUCCAACAAUGGCAUCAAAGUCCUCCUCUCUCUGCUCACCAUCAAAAUGCCCAUCACAGAUGCUGACCAGAUCCGAGCGUUGGCGUGCAAAGCGUUGGUUGGGCUCGCACGUAGCACAUCGGUGCGACAGAUCAUCAGUAAGCUGCCUCUGUUCAGCAGCGGGCAGAUCCAACAGCUGAUGAAGGAGCCGGUUCUGCAGGACAAACGCAGCGAACACGUCCGGUUCUGUAAGUAUGCUGCCGAGCUCAUUGAGCGCGUCUCGGGCAAGCCGCUGCUGGUGGGCACCGACGUUUCGCUGGCGCGUCUGCAGAGGGCCAACGUCGUAGCACAGUCGCGCAUCACGUUCCCCGAGAAGGAGCUUCUGCUCUUGAUCCGGAACCAUCUGGUGUCCAAAGGUUUGCAUGACACAGCCACCACCCUCACCAAAGAAGCAGACCUGCCUAUGGGUGUGGUCUCGCACAGCCAUGGGCAUUCCAACGUGCAGCCUUUCCCGCCAGUUACCGUGGCAACCCCCCCGUCCCCCGCGGCGGUCAUCCCACGGACUCCGCGUCUGGCCAACGGGGUCACAUCGCGCCUCGGCAGCCACACCUCCACUCCAUCCCUUCAUCCGCAGCCCCGCCCCUCCACUUCACAAGCCCCUCCCCCUCCACCGCCCACCACGGCCUCCCACUAUAACAGUAACGGGACUCCUCUGAUUGGACGGAUAGUGUUCUCGCGGGAGCGUCCGUCGCCUUGCGCGAUCAGUGGGAAAAAGCCACGGGUGCUGAGGCAGAAAUCGGACCACGGGGCAUUUAGCCAGAGUCCAGCUAUGAAGAAACAGUUCGACCGUCAUCUGCCCUCACCUCCAGCACUUGACAGUAUCAUAACGGAGUACUUGCGGGAGCAGCACGCCCGCUGUAAGAACCCCGUCACCACCUGUCCGCCCUUCAGUCUGUUCACACCCCAUCAGUGCCCCGAACCCAAACAGAGACGCCAGGCACCCACCAACUUCACCCCUCGCCACACACGCCGUGUCAUCUACCCCAAAUACGGAGGAGUGGAUGGAGGCUGCUUCGACCGUCACCUCAUCUUCAGCAGGUUUAGGCCCAUCUCUGUGUUCAGAGAGGCAGAAGAGGAUGAGAGUGGGUUUAUGUGCUGUGCCUUUUCGGCACGAGAGCGCUUCCUCAUGUUGGGAACGUGUACCGGUCAGCUCAAACUUUACAACGUCUUCAGCGGACAGGAGGAAGCCAGCUACAGCUGUCACAGUUCUGCCAUAACUCACCUGGAACCCUCCAGGGAUGGGUCUCUGUUGUUGACGUCAGCAUCGUGGAGUUACCCCCUGUCGGCUCUGUGGGGAAUGAAGUCUGUCUUCAUCAUGAAGCAUUCCUUUUUAGACGACCAUUAUGUGGAGUUCAGUAAAUUAUCUCAGGACCGAGUGAUUGGGACAAAAGAACACAUCGCUCAUAUCUACGACAUUCAGACAGGUCAGAAGACGCUGACUCUGAACAACCCAGACCUGGCAAACAACUACAAGCGUAACUGCGCGACCUUUAACCCCACGGACGACCUGGUGCUGAACGACGGCGUGAUGUGGGAUGUGCGGUCAGCUCAGGCCAUCCACAAAUUCGACAAGUUCAACAUGAACAUCAGCGGAGUCUUCCACCCGAACAGUCUGGAGGUCAUCAUUAACACAGAGAUCUGGGAUUUACGGACGUUCCACCUCCUGCACACAGUCCCUGCUUUGGAUCAGUGCAGGAUCGUCUUUAACAACAAUGGAACCGUCAUUUACGGAGCGAUGCUACAGGCCGAUGAUGAGGAUGAUAUGAUGGAACAGCAGAUGAAGAGUCCGUUUGGUUCAUCCUUCAGGACCUUCGACGCUACCGACUACAAACCCAUCGCCACUAUUGAUGUGAAGAGAAACAUAUUUGACCUGUGCACAGAUACUAAAGACUGUUAUUUAGCAGUCAUUGAGAACCAGGAUUCCAUAAAUAUGGACACUGUAUGCAGACUGUAUGAAGUUGGUCGACAGCGACUUGCUGAGGAAGAGGAGGAUGAGGAAGAUCAGGAAGAUGAAGAUCAGGAGGAAGAGGACGAUGACGACGACUCUGACGAUGACAUGGACGAUAUCGACACGGACCCCCUGCUGGCCGAGCUGGAGAACGAGAACAACGGGGAGGAAGAGGAGGAGGAGGAGGACGGGGAGCAGGACUUCUCCCCGUCCGACGACGAGGAGGUAGCACGCCUGCUGGAGGAGGAGGGAGACGAUGAGGACGAUGAUGACGACGAAGAUGACGAUGAGGAUGAUUCGGACGAUAACGAGGGUGAUGUGGGACUGGUUCUGGACAACACAGAUAGCUCGGAUAACUCUGACCUGGAGGAUGACAUCAUUCUGUCCCUGAACGAAUGAAUGAGCAGGAAGAUGGAAAAGAAAAGAAAAAAAACCUUGGGAAGAGUGGUCCCAAUCAGACUUCAGGAGGGAAUAGCUCCUCAGAGGAGAAACUUGACAAUAAAAAGACAAACCAUGUGUUGAAAGAGAAAGAUGGAGUCUGUUGCAAUCAAAAGCUGUGGACUACAGGGAACUGUACGAGCAGGGCAUUCUGAUUGGUCAGUUGUAGGGGUUCAGAGGUCUGAGACGCCCUCCCUAUCUGCCUGAUUGGAGGAGCAUUUGGAAGUGCUGAAAGAUAAACAAAGAAAAAAAUUAUAGUUUUAUAAAAAAGGUGGCUUGAUAAACAAAUGAGGUACUGCUUAUGAGGAAAUAAGUAGGAAAAAAAUUAAAAAGUCUUUAUUUUGACUUCACUUGAAAGCUCUUUCUAAGAUGUUUUCUCUUUUUGUAUAUGAGAUUCCUUUUUUUAAGACAACUCUUGGUCCCCCUGCAGUGUAGCCUGUUGUAUGAGGGUGGGUUGUCCCCUCACACUCUGUGUGUGUGUGUGUAUGUGAGAGAGAGAGAGAGAAGCCAUGAGAAGAGGUGCUCCAUUAGUGUGAAUGCUCUCUGAGGAUCUCUCAGGAUCUGCAUAUUUGGGACAUCUUUGCUGCUCUCCCAGAAAGACCAGAAAUACCACAUUUUGGGUUCAGACAUCGAGUCAGUGCCUCUACCCCACUGAAACAAGGCUGUAGAGGGAGUUGUUUGAUCAGAGAAAAUGUGUGUGUGUGUGUGUGUGU